ACACAAACAACAGCUUCGACAAGAGCAGCAGUUGAGCACAUGCAGAGGCAGCAGCAGCAGCAUCACCAGCCGCCGCGCCACCCAAAUGAUCCUGAUCCUUACACUGGCCAUCGUGGCCCUAAACAACUUGGAUAGCUUCCUUCCAGCACCAGCAGCUGCCUCGCUGCUCGGAGAGUCGCGACUUCGGCACAAUCCAUCAGGCGUGCGACUGGGCGAGGGCGUGGGCAGCAGCUCGAUAGCCGCUUCGAAUGCGCCCUGCCCACCGGAAAUGUUUCGCUGCAACAAUGGCAAAUGCAUAACGUCGCACUGGGUGUGCAAUUACCAGAAGGACUGUGACGAUGGCGAGGACGAGAUGCAAUCGUGUCCGCCGCCCGAGUGCGAGUCACCUCAGCUGAACUGCGGCCAAUAUGUCUUCAAUAAGACGUACUGCAUUCCCCAGCACUAUCGCUGCGAUAUGAUCGAGGACUGUGAGGAUAAGUCAGACGAGGCGGAGUGCCCUUAUCGCAAGUGCUUGCACACGGACGUGUUCUGCAAUGCGCCUGGUGGGUCAGCUCCGGCGGAGGGCAGCCGCCUGACUGGACCGUGUGUGCCGAAGGAGAAACGCUGCAAUGGUUACUUGGACUGUCGUACCGGACGCGACGAGGAAGGCUGCAGUGGUGUCCCCUGUCGCUUGGAUCAAUUUCGUUGCGCCAACGGACAGAAAUGUAUUGAUGCGGCGCUGAAGUGCAACCAUCGCAACGACUGUGACGACAACUCGGACGAGCAGGGCUGCAACUUCCCCCCUUGCCAUCAUGCGCAAUUCCGUUGCACGAAUGCGCUCUGCAUUCCGUACAACUUCCACUGCGACGGCUACAACGACUGUGCCGAUGAAAGCGACGAGGCGAACUGCACGGCCAUCGCCUGUCCCGACAACAAGUUCCUGUGUCCACGUGGCGGCAUCAAUGGUGCACCCAAGUGUAUACUCAAAUCGCAGCUGUGCGACGGCAAGCGCGACUGUGAGGAUGGCAGUGACGAGGAGACGGCAUGCUCCAUUGACUCCUGUCCAGCGCUCAGCUGUGAGUUCAAGUGCGGACCCUCGCUAAAUGGCGGAGUCUGCUACUGUCGUCAGGGUCAGAGUCUGGCGCCGGACAAUCGCACCUGCAUCGACCUGGAUGAGUGCGCCGAGUGGGGCCACUGCGACCAACUGUGCACAAACACACCCGGCAGCUAUACCUGCCAGUGCGCCCAAGGCUAUAUGCUCAUUAAUUCGUCAAAGUGCAUUGCUCCGGAUGCAAACAAUCUGCAGCUGAUCUUUGCCCACGAUCGUGCCAUCAUGCGUAUGAACGCGCACGACAGCGAGCCCAAGAUCCUGGCCAAUGCCACUGCCGCCGCCGGCGUCGCCUUCCAUUAUGCCCGCAAUACGCUCUACUGGUCGGACAUUAAGACACGCAAGGUGCAAUCGCUGCCAUUGGAUGUAUUAAACAGCGCCGUGGCGCCUUUGGAUCAAACAUUGCCUGGCACCUGGGCACCGGUGGCCCUGGCCGUUGACUGGGUGGGCGAUAAGAUUUACGUGGCUGAUCUUGUGGGCCAGAAGAUUGAUGUCUUUGAGCUAAGCGGUCACUGGCAUGCCGUUGUGCUCGGCUCCAAUCUCACCAGUCCCGCCGAUCUGGCACUGGAUCCCACCGCCGGACUCAUGUUUGUUGCCGACGGUGGUCAGGUGCUGCGCGCUCACAUGGACGGCACGCACGCCCGCUCCAUUGUCUCCGAGGCGGCCUACAAGGCGAGCGGCGUCACAGUCGACAUAAUUGGCAAGCGCGUCUUCUGGUGUGACUCGCUCCUGGACUACAUUGAAUCGGUUGACUAUGAGGGUGGCCAGCGUGUCAUGGUGCUGCGUGGCCAGCAGGUGCCCAGCCCCUCACGCCUGGCGCUAUUUGAGAAUCGUAUCUACUGGACGGAUGCCACCAAGCAGGGCAUAAUGUCAGUCGACAAGUUCGAGGGGCCCAGCUCUAUACAGGUGACCUAUAAGGCCAAGGACAUACGCGAGCCGAAGGGCAUUAUUGCUGUGCACGCGCUUAGCCAACCGCAUGUAUCGAAUCCGUGCGGCAACAACAAUGGCGGCUGCAAUCACAUGUGCAUCGUCACAGCCGUAAAGGGCGCUCCAACGGGUCUCGGCUUCCGUUGCGCCUGCCACACGGGCUAUCAGCUACAGACGGAUCUGAAGAACUGCAAGCUCGUCCGCGAAUUCCUAAUGUACUCGCAGCAGCGCUUCAUCAAGGGCAAGGUGCUGGAGCCGGUCAUCGAGGGCUUCAGUGAUGCCAUACUACCGGUUGUCUCCCGGCGAGCCCGUUUUGUCGGUCUCGAUUUCGAUACUCGUGAUGAGUUCAUUUACUACUCAGACGUGCUGCAGGACGUCAUAUAUCGCGUGCACCGCAAUGGCACUGGCCGCGAAAUCGUGCUAGCCUCACAAAAUGAGGGCGUCGAGGGAUUGGCGGUGGACUGGGCAUCUAAGAAUCUCUACUACAUUGACUCGCGCAAGGGCACACUCAAUGUGCUCUCCACACGUAACGUAACUCACCGACGCACUUUGCUCAAGAAUCUGAAGCGUCCGCGCGCCAUCGUCGUGCACCCCAAUCGCGGCUACAUAUUCUUCUCGGAGUGGGAUCGUCCCGCAAACAUCACCCGUGCAAAUACCGACGGCAGCGGUCUUUUGGUAUUCCGCAAUGUGACCCUGGGCUGGCCCAACGGUCUGUCCAUUGACUUUAUGGAGGAUCGCGUAUAUUGGUGUGACGCUCUACUGGAUCAUGUGCAACAUGCCAAUCUCGAUGGCACGGACAUCAAAACCAUUAACUCACGCCUGGUGCGCCAUCCAUUCUCCAUUGUGAUCCACCACGAUUGGAUGUAUAUUACAGACUGGCGACUGGAUGCAAUCAUUCGACUGCACAAGCUCACCGGCGAGCAGGAGGAGAUGAUGGUGCGCGAGCCGCAAACGAACCGACUCUACGGCGUCAAGGUGUACAGCCGAGAGGUGCAACAUAUUACCGAAACACAGCCCUGCUAUCUAAAUAACGGCGGCUGCCAGAAGAUAUGCUUUGCCAUUCCCAUUUCGCAGAACGAGUCGACUGCCGUGGCUAGCCGCUUGCAAUCGCGCUGCUCGUGUCCUUACGGCGAGCGACUGGCUGAAGAUCAAGUUAGCUGCAUUCCCGACCCCAGCGCUGAGCCCCCGGUCCAGCCCUGCCCCAACAUAUGGGACUUUACCUGCAACAAUCAACGUUGCAUACCCAAAUCCUGGCUCUGUGACGGCGACGACGAUUGCUUAGAUAACAGCGAUGAGGAACAAAACUGCACAAAACCCACCUGUGGCUCGAACGAGUUCCAGUGCAAGUCAGGACGCUGCAUUCCACUGAACUUCCGUUGCGAUCAGGAGAACGACUGUGGCGAUAAUUCGGAUGAGGUCGAUUGCGGCAAUGUCACCUGUGCCACAUCCCAAUUCGCCUGCGCCAAUGGACGUUGCAUACCCAGCAUGUGGAAGUGCGACAGCGAGAACGAUUGCGGCGACAGCAGCGAUGAGGGCGAAUUUUGUGCGGAGAAGACCUGCGCCUAUUUCCAGUUUACUUGCCCCAGAACGGGGCAUUGUAUACCGCAGAGCUGGGUGUGUGACGGCGAUGACGAUUGCUUCGACAAGCAGGAUGAAAAGGACUGUCCCCCGAUAAGCUGUCUGGCCAAUCAGUUCAAGUGCGCCGAUCUGCGUCAGUGUGUCGAGGAAUCGUACAAGUGCGAUGGCAUACCCGACUGCAACGAUGGCAGCGAUGAGCUGGGCUGCCCCUCAAUGGGACCCAACCAAUGCAACGUGGAGAAGCAGUUCCGCUGCAAGUCAAGUGGCUCGUGCAUACCCAUCGCCUGGCACUGCGACGGCACCAACGAUUGCCCGGAUAACUCGGAUGAGGAGGACUGCGGCCAGAUCACAUGCGCGCAGAACUUCUUCAAAUGCAACAACACCAAUUGCGUGUUCAAGGCGUACAUCUGCGAUGGCAAGGAUGACUGCGGCGACAACUCGGACGAGGGUACAGAGCACGCUUGUGUGCCGCCACCUUUCAAAUGCCCCCAUGGCCAGUGGCAGUGUCCAGGCGUGACAGAACGCUGCGUGAACAUAACAUCCGUUUGCGAUGAUACGCCCGACUGUCCCAACGGGGCCGAUGAGGGUGAGGGCUGUGAUUUGGCCGAAUGCGAACAUCAGUCGGGUCGGUGCUCUACAUUGUGUCAGAAAACACCCAAUGGAGCGCUCUGCGUAUGCCCGCCAGGCUCGGAGAUCGGCCCGGACGGAUUCACCUGCGUCGAUACCAAUGAAUGUGAUCCACCUGGCCUCUGCUCUCAGCAGUGCACGAACACAAAGGGUUCCUACUUCUGUUCGUGUACGCAAGGCUAUGUCCUGGGUCCCAACAAGCACACCUGCAAGGCAGUAAAUCACACAGCUGCCUUCUUGAUUAUAUCCAAUCGACACUCCAUAUUGGUGGCCGAUCUGAAGGAACAGGGCCUGGAGCGUGUGCCGAUUAUCGUGGAGAAUGUGGUGGCCACCGCCUCGAACAUGCACACUGGCACCAUUUUCUGGAGCGAUAUGAAGCUUAAGAAGAUAUCGCGACUUGAUCACGGCAUGGAACCACAGGAAAUCAUUACCACCGGCUUGGAUUUAGUCGAAGGCCUGGCCUAUGACUGGAUUGCGCAGAACCUGUACUGGCUGGACAGCAAGCUGAAUACAAUUGAGGUGUCCGCAGAGAAUGGUUCUAACCGCUUGGUACUCGUACGCGAGAGCAUCACACAGCCGCGCGGCAUGUGCAUUGAUCCCAGUCCGGAUGCGCGUUUCAUUUUCUGGACUGACUGGGGCGAGAAUCCACGAGUCGAGCGUAUCGGCAUGGACGGCACCAUGCGCAAGACAAUUAUCAAUACAAAGAUUUACUGGCCCAACGGUCUGACUCUGGAUAUUGCAACAAAGCGUGUCUACUUCGCCGACUCAAAACUAGACUUCAUUGAUUUUUGCUACUACAACGGCACAGGACGUCAGCAGGUGUUAGCCAGCAGCCACUAUCUGCUGCACCCUCACUCGCUCUCCCUGUUCGAGGACACGCUCUACUGGACGGACCGACAGCUGAACCGUGUUCUGUCAGCCAAUAAGUUCCGCGGCAAAAACCAAACUGUCGUCUCGCAUCUGAUUAGCCAGCCGCUCUCCAUACACGUGCAUCAUGCGUCGCUUCAGCCGAUGUAUCCGAAUCCAUGUGCCGCAGCCCGUUGCCAGCAUCUCUGUCUGCUCAGUCCAAGCGCGCAGGAGGGCUACUCCUGCAAAUGCAAGCCGGGCUUCAGGUUACACAGUGAGGGGCGCUGCAUUGAGGAGGAGAAUCCCUAUCUGAUGGUGGUCAAAGGAACUCAGAUUGUUGAUCUGCCUCUGAACGGUGGUGAUGCACGUGCCGGUGCCUUGGCGCCCGUCAUUGGCAUCGAAAGCAGCACCGGGCUGGACUUUGACCGGAAAGGCGAGACGCUAUAUUGGGUGCAGGGCCGAGAGGAUGACGACGAAAACUGUACCAUUUAUACGACUCCCUAUGGAGGAGGCAACAAGACGCUGUUCCUGGGUGUCGAAAAUGGCAUUGUGGGCGCACCCUAUACCAUCGCCUUUGACUGGCUGGGCCGCAAUCUCUACAUUGGCAAUCGCGUUGCCAGCAACAUUGAGGCAGUGCGUGUGGACGGAAAGCAAAAGUAUCGCACUGUGAUUCUGGCAAAUAAUGGCACCGAGAGCUCCGUUUCGAAACCGAAGCAACUGGUGCUGGAUCCAAGUGAGGGAAAGCUAUUCUGGAUAGACGAGGGAGUGCUUGAAAUAAAAAUAGCACGGGUUGAUAUGAACGGUCAGGAUGCACGUGUCUUGCGCAAGGAUCUCAAGCACCCGGAAAGCAUUACCUUGGACACCGAGAAGAAGAUGAUAUACUACAGCACCAGCUCGACAGCAUCGAUCUGUUCGAUGGACUACAACGGCGACGGUCACAGGGUCAUACUUGACGAGAAGCAGGCCAUUUCGCGUGUCCGCAGCCUGGGCGUUUUGGAUCAUCGGCUCUACUACCUGGAUCCCACUUAUGAGAAGAUUGUGCGCGUUGACUUACCGAAGGGCAAUAAUCCCAAGACGAUCGUCGACAACGAACCCGAACUGCGCAGCAUGAUGAUCUACAAGAAGCGCGCAUUCAUGCAGCAUCCCUGCCAAACGUCGAACGGCGGCUGCAAACAGCUCUGCAUACCAGGUCCAUCUGCAUCUAGGACCUGCGCCUGCGGCAUUGGCUACCUCAAGGAGAACGAAAUUAAUUGCGUUGCCUACAAGACAUUUGCUGUCGUCUCGCAAGUGGACAUGAUACGCGGCUAUAGCUUGGAGGGCAGCUCCGAGGCCAUGGUGCCAAUCAGCGGUCCUGGCCACUACAUCCGGCACGUGGACAUUCUUUUCCGCGAACAAUGGAUUUAUUGGGCCGAGUUCCAUCGCGGCUAUUGGAACGGCAUAUUCCGAUCGCGGCCCAACGGCACCGACCUGCAGCAUGUGAUCAAGGAUGGCAUUGGCAGCAAUGGCAUACAUGGCUUGACCAUUGACUGGGUGGCGGGCAAUAUGUAUUUCGCAAACGUGUAUCCGCACGAGAACUAUGUGGAGGUGUGCUGGCUGGAUGGAACCAAUCGCAAGGUUCUGGUCAAGAAGACGAAUGAUGCGCCGCGCGAGCUAGCUGUUAACCCCAUCAAGCGACUGCUCUACUGGAUUGAUCAUGGCCAGCAUCCACGCAUAGGCAAAGCCCUGCUGGAUGGCAGUGACUGGAUACCACUGGUCACCUCUGGCAUUUCGCAACCACGAGACUUGACCAUUGACAUGCAAACGCACGAUGUGUACUGGGUGGACUCUAAGCUGGAUACGAUUCAGAAGAUUUCCUACAACGGCGUCAAUGCCAAGGUCAUACGCCGUGAUCUGCCCAAUCCUGUGGGCAUUGCCAUCUUCCUGAACGACGUUUACUGGGUGGAUGGCAAUCUUAUGACGGUCUUUAAGGCCUCCAAGCUGUACGGCAACAACAGCGAUUCCACGCCCGUGCGCACCAAUUUGGAGAAACUGAGCGACAUUGCCAUCUACGACAUCAACAAUCAGCCAACCGACGACAAUAAUCCGUGCGCCAAGCUAGGCAACGGCGGCUGUGACCAGCUCUGCUUCAGCUUCCCGCAAGGCACCACGAACCGCAACUAUCGCUGUGAUUGUGCCACGGGUAAACUGGCUGACGACGGCCGCAAGUGCGAGACAGUCAAUGAGUAUUUGGUGUUCGCUACGCGCACUGAGAUUCGCGCCGUUAACUUGGAUCCGCACUCGACUGAGGUGCCAUUUACGCCACUGACGAAUCUGACCAAUGUUGUGGGCCUGGACUUUGACUUUGCCGACAAUCAUAUGCUGUACACCCAGAUUCGGCCCUGGGCCAAGAUCGCCUACACUUCAGCGAACAAGCCGAGCCACAGUGACAUUAAUGUGGUGCUUAGCAAGGGUAUCAAUCCGGAGGGCAUUGCCUAUGACUGGACCCAGAACAAGAUCUACUGGACUGACAGCUCCAACAACUCCAUCUAUGCCAUGAAUCUGGGCGGCACCGAGCUAGUGAUGAUAGCGCGCGUUGAACGGCCACGUGCCAUUGUCUUGGAUCCAUGCAACGGCACACUCUUCUUUACGGACUGGGGUCGCUUCGGUACCUCCGGCAAGAUCUUCCGCACAACGAUGGCGGGCUCAUUGAAGCGCGCCAUCGUUGACAAAGAACUGUCCCAGCCGAGUGGCUUGGCCAUUGACUACGACGACCGUAAGCUCUAUUGGACGGAUGCGGUGCGCGAGAAGAUCGAGCGAGCUGAUUUGGAUGGACGCAACAGAGAGCUGCUGGUGGCCGCUACAAUUUACCCCUUCGCUAUAACCGUUUUCCGAGACUACAUCUACUGGACGGAUCUGCAGCUGCGUGGCGUGUAUCGAGCGGAGAAGCAUACGGGCGCCAACAUGGUUGAAAUGGUUAAGCGGCUAGAGGAUUCGCCCCGUGAUAUACGUAUAUUCAGUUCCGAUCGGCAGAAAUGUAACGUCAAUCCGUGCAACAUCAACAACGGCGGCUGUGCCCAAAGCUGCCAUCCGGCGCCAAAUGGCAAGGCCGAGUGCAAGUGCGACGACAACUCCAAAGUGGUCAACGAGGGACGGAUGUGCGCGCCUAGAAAUAACACGUGCGAGGCCAGUAAAUUCUACUGCAAGAACGGCAAGUGCAUUUCGCGAAUGUGGUCGUGCGACGGAGAUGACGACUGCGGCGAUAAUUCCGACGAGGAUCCCAACUACUGCGCGUAUCACUCGUGCUCGCCCAACGAGUUCCGCUGCAACAAUGGACGCUGCAUCUUUAAGUCAUGGAAGUGCGAUCACGAGAACGAUUGCAAGGACGGAUCCGAUGAGCUAGGAUGCACUUAUCCACCCUGUGUGGAUGGCGAGUUCACCUGUGCCAAUGGACGCUGCAUCCCGCAGGCACAGGUCUGCAAUGGCGUCAACGAUUGCAAGGACAACGCCACCUCCGACGAAACGCACGAGCGCUGCCCCAUGAACACCACCUGCCCGCACAACCAUCUCAAGUGCGAGAAGACGAACAUCUGUGUGGAGCCCUACUGGCUGUGCGACGGCGACAACGACUGCGGCGACAACUCGGACGAGGAUCCCCUACAUUGCGGCCAGCGCACGUGUCCAUCGAAUAGCUUCCGUUGUCCCAACCAUCGCUGCAUUCCAGCCACUUGGUACUGCGACGGCGAUGACGAUUGUGGCGAUGGCGCCGAUGAGCCGCCAGACUACUGCAAGUCCGAGGGACGCACCUGCUUCGGCGAUCUGUUCACCUGCGACAAUGGCAACUGCAUACCGCGCAUCUACAUCUGUGAUGGGGACAACGAUUGCUUGGACAACAGUGACGAGGACAACAGGCAUCAGUGCAACGACCGCAAGUGUGACGAGGAAACGGAGUUCACUUGCUUAGAGAACAAGUCGUGGCAGCGCGCCCAAUGCAUACCGAAAAAAUGGAUAUGUGACGGCGAUCCAGACUGUGUGGAUGGGGCGGACGAGAAUACAACGCUGCACAAUUGCGCCACCCAACAGCCCUGCGGCGAGGAUAUGUUCACCUGUGGCAACGGUCGCUGCAUCAAUAAGGGCUGGACUUGUGAUCACGACAAUGAUUGCGGCGAUGGCACCGAUGAAGGCAAGUUCUGCAACUCCAAGUACAAGACGUGCUCCACGCUAGAGUUCACGUGCCAGAACUUCAAGUGCAUACGCAACCAGUACAGGUGCGAUGGCGAAGACGACUGCGGUGACCACUCGGAUGAGGUUGACUGCAAAAAAGAGAACGUCACCUGCGCCCAGGGACAGUUUGCCUGCACCAAUGGCCAGUGUAUUGACUAUAGUCUGGUCUGCAACAAGGUGCCCGACUGCACAGACGAGUCCGAUGAGCCGGCCCACUGCAAUGUGGAUGAGUGCGCCAAGGUGGAGAUCAAUCAAUGCGGCCACAAGUGCGUCGACACACUCACCGGCUACUACUGUGACUGCAACGAGGGCUACAAAUUGCUGGCCGAUGGCAAGGCGUGUGCGGAUGUGGAUGAGUGUCUGGAACAGCCAGGUGCCUGCUCGCAGCACUGCUCCAACACACCCGGCAGCUUCUACUGCAAGUGCGACGAGAACUAUUAUGAGCGCCAGAACGAUGAGCACACGUGCAAGCGCAAGGACAAUGUUCCGCCCUGGCUGAUCUUCACCAACAAGUACUACGUUCGCAAUAUGUCUGUGGAUGGCCGUCAGUACAACCUCAUGCAUCAGGACCUGAUGAAUGUGGUUGCCCUGGACUUUGACAUUAAGGAGCAGUAUAUGUAUUUCUGCGAUGUGACCGCCAAGACCAUAUUCCGUGCCAAAUACUCGAGCAACGAUGAUCUACCGACGGAGCGGGAAGCUGUCAUCAGACACGACUCGCACGGCCUAGAGGGCAUUGCCAUUGAUUGGGUGGGACGCAAGCUCUACUGGUUGGACAGGCACUCAAAGAAUCUGGAUGUCUCCGAGUUGGACGGCACCAAGCGGAAGACAUUGCGCAGCGGCGUUGUCGAUCCUCGCGCCAUUGUCGUGCAUCCAGGCAUUGGCUACUUGUAUUUCACGUCUUGGCAUCUGCAAGCCUACAUUGCCAAAAUGGGCAUGGAUGGGUCGAACUUUACGCGCAUCCUUAACUGGAACGACGGCAUCGCCUGGCCCAAUGCACUGUCCAUUGACUACUUCACGGAUCGCAUCUAUUGGGCCGAUGCCCACUUGGAUUACAUUGCGUACACCGAUCUGGAGGGCCGGCAUCGUCACAUAGUGCUCUCCGGCACUAGUGUCCCCCACGUAUUUGCCCUUAGCCUGUUCGACGACUAUAUUUACUGGAGCGAUUGGAAUCUCAAGGCGAUUGUGCGCGCCAAUAAGUUCCAUGGCGCCAACUAUACAGUGCUGCGCAACACAACGCAUCGUCCCUACGACUUGCACAUCAACCACUCGCUGCGCCAAUUGCCCUAUCACAAUCCGUGCGGCACCAACAAUGGUGGCUGCUCGCAUCUCUGCUUGAUAGCCCCGCCACCGGAGUCCACCUAUCUGAACAUCGAGGGCUACAUUGAGGAAGGCGCGCCCAUUUACAAAUGCGCCUGCCCCAAUCAAUUCUAUUUGGCACGCGACUCCAAGACCUGCAUAGCCAACUGCACGUCGGGACAGCAUUUGUGUGGCGGCAGUGACGAGAAGUGCAUACCCUGGUUCUGGAAGUGCGACGGCGAGAAGGAUUGCAAGGAUGGCUCCGAUGAGCCAGCCACCUGCGGACCACGCCAUUGCCGCGCCGGCACCUUCCAGUGCAAGAAUACCAACUGCACUCCAUCGGCAACAAUAUGCGACGGCAUCGACGACUGCGGCGAUGGCAGCGACGAGCAAAACUGCGAACUGCCCUGCCCACUCUCAGACUUCAAGUGCAAGACUAGCGGACGCUGUAUACUCGACAGCUGGCGCUGCGACGGCGAUGCCGACUGCAAGGAUGGCAGCGACGAGGAUCCUCUGGUGUGCCACAAGCGCACCUGCGACCCUGAAACGGAGUACUCUUGCAAGAACGGACGCUGCAUACCGCAGCUGUGGAUGUGCGACUUCGACAAUGAUUGCGGCGAUGAUUCCGAUGAGCCAGCCUACAUGUGCCGGCAGCGCAACUGCACCACCGGCUGGCAGCGCUGUCCCGGCCAAUCGAACUAUCGUUGCAUACCCAAAUGGCUGUUCUGCGAUGGCAAGGACGACUGCCGCGACAAUAGCGAUGAGCUGCCCGAGAACUGUCCCAAGUGCUCAUCGGAGACGGACUUUAAGUGUGGCAACAAUCGCUGCAUACCCAUGCAAUGGAUGUGUGACUUUGCGGAUGAUUGCGGCGAUGCGAGCGAUGAGAACGAUGCGAUUUGCAAGGGUCGCUAUCGCGAGUGCUCCGAAUCAGAGUUCAGAUGCGGCAAUGGCAAGUGCAUCUCGUCACGCUGGCAGUGCGAUCAUGAGGACGACUGCGGCGACAACUCGGACGAGAUGAACUGCGAGGGAUAUCAGUGCAAGAAUGGCACCUUCCAAUGUAGCUCCGGCCACUGCAUCGCCAGCUAUUUCCGGUGCGACGGCGAUCGUGAUUGUCGCGACAUGUCCGAUGAGAUUGACUGCCCGCCACGAUUCCCGGGCGGACGUUUCUGUCCGGAGUCACGAUUCCAGUGCACCAAUAAUCUGUGCGUCUCGCUGACCGAUCUCUGCGAUGGCACCGACGAUUGCGGCGACGGCAGCGACGAGGAUCCCAAGGUCUGCAGCGACUUCAACUGCGACACGCUGCGGCGCUUCCAGUGCGCCAACCAUCGGUGCGUAGCCCGCUAUCAAAUCUGUGACGGCAUCGACAAUUGCGGCGAUGGCAGCGACGAGAACAACAUGACCCUCUGCGCCAGCAAACAGAAGCCCUGCGAUCUGUACACUCAAUACCAGUGCGCCAACAAGCAUUGCAUCGAGCGUGCCCAGGUCUGCGAUUUCUCCGACGACUGCGGCGAUGCCAGCGAUGAGCUGGGCUGCCAUCAUACCAGUAGCUGCUCCGAACAGAACCGCGGCGGCUGCCAGCAUCAUUGUCACAACCUAACGGAUGGCGGCUACAUUUGCACAUGCUAUCCGGGCUACAUCAUAGCGUCGGACAACAAAAAGAAGUGCGCCGAUGUGGAUGAGUGCGCAACGCGGCAACAUACGUGCUCGCAUCAGUGUCACAACAUGAACGGCACCUACUCCUGUAGCUGUCGUGAAGGCUUCCAUCUGUCGGAUGGUGCCAGCGGUGUGUGCAAGGCUACGAAGGAAAAUGUGGUGCUGGUGUUUGCCAAUGGGCCAGAGAUACGAGGUCUAGACCUGCAAAAGAAGGAGGAGUUCGAUGUGAUUGCAUCGGAGAAACGCAUCGAAGCGCUAGACUACGACGCCCAGCAACAGAUUGUGUUCUGGGCGGAUAGCUAUGACAAGACCAUAAAGCGUUCCUACAUGGUGAAUGCAUUAGACGGACAGGCGAAGAUUGGUUUUGCCCAGGAUCUCAAUAUGAAGGGCGGAUCGAAGCCAACGGCUGUUGCUGUCGACUGGCUGGCCUCAAAUCUUUAUUGGGCUGAGGUGGAUCGCACUGGAUCGAAGCCACGCGGUCGCGUCAUGGUGGCCAAAACGGAUGGCCGCUAUCGCAGAUCGAUUGUGAACGCCGGCUUGGAAGUGCCCACUUCAAUUGCAGUGAAUCCGCAACUUGGACGUAUCUACUGGGCCGAUGCGGGCUCUGCACCCAAAAUCGAGGUCUCUUGGAUGGAUGGCUCGAAACGUCGACCGCUGAUCACAGAGCAAAUACGUCAUCCCGCUGGCCUAACCAUUGACUACUCGCAGGAUCACAUCAUCUACUGGGUGGACACCAAGCUCAAUGCCAUCGAGUCGAUGCGUGCCGACGGCUCUCGCCGCAAGUCCAUUGUCAAGGGCGACCAGUUGCGCCAUCCCGUCUCGCUGGAUCUGUUUGAGUCGAACAUGUUCUGGGUAACGCGCGAUACGGGCGAGCUGCUGCGUCAGGAUAAAUUCGGUCGUGGCGUUCAGGUGGUGGUGCAUCGCAACCUCGUUAAUCCGUCCGGCCUCAAGGUCUACCACGAGAAGCGCUACAAUACCUCGCUGCGAAAUCCCUGCUACGAAUCCAGCUGCUCGCAUCUGUGUCUCCUGGUGCCUGGCGGACAUCGGUGCGCCUGCCCCGAUACCUCUGGCCCGUUGCCCUCGCAUCGCAGCACCGCUGAAGUCAUUUGUGAUGCGGCCGCCGAACGGCCACGUCCAGCUCCACGCAUCUGCCCCUGCCAGAACGGCGGCCUCUGCAAGGAGGAUGAUCGCGGCGAGCUCUACUGCGAAUGUCUGCCAGACUUCAAGGGCGAGCACUGCGAACGCAGCACAACGGGCGCCUUUGGUCAUGGCGGCGCCAAUGUAACCGCCGUCGUGGUGCCCAUCAUGGUCAUACUGCUUGUCAUGAUGGCCGCUGUCGGCGCCUGGUAUGUCAUCCGCAAGCGUCCAUUCGGCAAGCUGGCGCGCAUGCCUGCAAUGACCUCUUCGCAGAGCGUCACCUUCCGGCAUGGUUCCAAUGUGGAGUUCAGCGAGAGCGGCUUCCCGGGCGCCUCAGCACCCGGCGCUAAUGACAUGGCGCCCAUCGAAGGCUACAAUUUGCAGACCGUGAAUGCCAAUAAGGCGCGCGACUUUGCCAAUCCCAUGUACGAUGCCGUACAGCUGGGCACCAGCUCCGAUCCGGGCAUGAGCAAUGGCUCAGGCAUCUACGAUGUGCCACAGGAACCGUCCAAGUCAAAGGCCAUGGGCCACUCCGGCUCCUUUACGGAGCCCGCCUCGGCCAUCAUUGCGCCGAGCAGCAUUACGCACAAGUCAUCGCCGCAGCUGCAGCUGCGUACACGCGAGCUGGACCCAUCGGCAGAUACCGGCAAGGAUACCCAGUAUCUGGUUGAGGAGGAUAAGUCAGAGUGCUGAUAUAAAGCUAAUCAGGCCGUGGUCUCGCUGCCGCUCAGCUGUCGACGUCAGCAGCGAACGCAGCCGCGGCCCAACAGUUAUCCGCUGCACGCAUAGCACCGACCUAAUCAAUACCAAUACAAGCAACUACAACAAGAACAACAAGAACAUCGCCAACAACAUCAACAAAAACAACAGAAACCACAGCAGCAACAACAGGGACAGAGCAAACAUCACAAAUCUUGGCAUGCAGCCUCCGGCGAGAGCAGCGCAAAACUAACCACAAAAGUUUAAACUCUAAAUACAAAUAUGAUAUAUGUCAAUAUAUUUAACGGACAACAACAAUAGGAACAAGAACAACUUUGCUAAAGGAUCACCUGCCGCAAUGAGGACACGUUAACUAGGCACAGUCUGUUGCCAUGUGCAUACAUAUCCAUAUAAAUAGAUGUAUAGAAACAUAUAUAUGUAUAUCAAGUAUAUAUGUAUAUAUGCUCGUGUGUAUGUUUACCUGCUGCAACCUUCGCUGCCUCUCCACUAACUCCCAGCCCUGUGCUUAAACGUACUUUACGCAAACAAACACUAAAACACAUAUCCUUCGAGACGAACGUGGGCGAGAGAUCCAAACAGCCAACAUAAAAGAAAAACGAGCAAAAGAAAAGAAAAGACAAAACAAAAAAAAAC